AUGUCUCUUGCUCACGCGGGGGGGGGGGGGGGGGGGGGGGGGGGGGGGGGGGGGGGGGGGGGGGGGGGGGGGGGGGGGGGGGGGGGGGGGGGGGGGGGGGGGGGGGGGGGGGGGGGGGGGGGGGGGGGGGGGGGGGGGGGGGGGGGGGGGGUGGGGGGGGGGGGGGGGGGGGGGGGGGGGGGGGGGGGGGGGGGGGGGGGGGGGGGGGGGGGGGGGGGGGGGGGGGGGGGGGGGGGGGGGGGGGGGGGGGGGGGGGGGGGGGGGGGGGGGGGGGGGGGGGGGGGGGGGGGGGGGGGGGGGGGGGGGGGGGGGGGGGGGGGGGGGGGGGGGGGGGGGGGGGGGGGGGGGGGGGGGGGGGGGGGGGGGGGGGGGGUGGGGGGGUGGGGGGGGGGGGGGGGGGGGGGGGGGGGGGGGGGGGGGGGGGGGGGGGGGGGGGGGGGGGGGGGGGGGGGGGGGGGGGGGGGGGGGGGGGGGGGGGGGGGGGGGGGGGGGGGGGGGGGGGGGGGGGCGGGGGGGGGGGGGGGGGGGGGGGGGGGGGGGGGGGGGGGGGGGGGGGGGGGGGGGGGGGGGGGGGGGGGGGGGGGGGGGGGGGGGGGGGGGGGGGGGGGGGGGGGGGGGGGGGGGGGGGGGGGGGGGGGGGGGGGGGGGGGGGGGGGGGGGGGGGGGGGGGGGGGGGGGGGGGGGGGGGGGUGGGGGGGGGGGGGGGGGGGGGGGGGGGGGGGGGGGGGGGGGGUGGGGGGGGGGGGGGGGGGGGGGGGGGGGGGGGGGGGGGGGGGGGGGGGGGGGGGGGGGGGGGGGGGGGGGGGGGGGGGGGGGGGGGGGGGGGGGGGGGGUGGGGGGGGGGGGGGGGGGGGGGGGGGGGGGGGGGGGGGGGGGGGGGGGGGGGGGGGGGGGGGGGGGGGGGGGGGGGGGGGGGGGGGGGGGGGGGGGGGGGGGGGGGGGGGGGGGGGGGGGGGGGGGGGGGGGGGGGGGGGGGGGGGGGGGGGGGGGGGGGGGGGGGGGGGGGGGGGGGGGGGGGGGGGGGGGGGGGGGGGGGGGGGGGGGGGGGGGGGGUGGGGGGGGGGGGGGGGGGGGGGGGGGGGGGGGGGGGGGGGGGGGGGGCGGGGGGGGGGGGGGGGGGGGGGGGGGGGGGGGGGGGGGGGGGGGGGGGGGGGGGGGGGGGGGGGGGGGGGGUGGGGGGGGGGGGGGGGGGGGGGGGGGGGGGGGGGGGGGGGGGGGGGGGGGGGGGGGGGGGGGGGGUGGGGGGGGGGGGGGGGGGGGGGGGGGGGGGGGGGGGGGGGGGGGGGGGGGGGGGGGGGGGGGGGGGGGGGGGGGGGGGGGGGGGUGGGGGGGGGGGGGGGGGGGGGGGGGGGGGGGGGGGGGGGGGGGGGGGGGGGGGGGGGGGGGGGGGGGGGGGGGGGGGGGGGGGGGGGGGGGGGGGGGGGGGGGGGGGGGGGGGGGGGGGGGGGGGGGGGGGGGGGGGGGGGGGGGGGGGGGGGGGGGGGGGGGGGGGGGGGGGGGGGGGGGGGGGGGGGGGGGGGGGGGGGGGGGGGGGGGGGGGGGGGGGGGGGGGGGGGGGGGGGGGGGGGGGGGGGGGGGGGGGGGGGGGGGGGGGGGGGGGGGGGGGGGGGGGGGGGGGGGGGGGGGGGGGGGGGGGGGGGGGGGGGGGGGGGGGGGGGGGGGGGGGGGGGGGGGGGGGGGGGGGGGGGGGGGGGGGGGGGGGGGGGGGGGGGGGGGGGGGGGGGGGGGGUGGGGGGGGGGGGGGGGGGGGGGGGGGGGGGGGGGGGGGGGGGGGGGGGGGGGGGGGGGGGGGGGGGGGGGGGGGGGGGGGGGGGGGGGGGGUGGGGGGGGGGGGGGGGGGGGGGGGGGGGGGGGGGGGGGGGGGGGGGGGGGGGGGGGGGGGGGGGGGGGGGGGGGGGGGGGGGGGGGGGGGGGGGGGGGGGGGGGGGGGGGGGGGGGGGGGGGGGGGGGGGGGGGGGGGGGGGGGGGGGGGGGGGGGGGGGGGGGGGGGGGGGGGGGGGGGGGGGGGGGGGGGGGGGGGGGGGGGGGGGGGGGGGGGGGGGGGGGGGGGGGGGGGGGGGGGGGGGGGGGGGGGGGGGGGGGGGGGGGGGGUGGGGGGGGGGGGGGGGGGGGGGGGGGGGGGGGGGGGGGGGGGGGGGGGGGGGGGGGGGGGGGGGGGGGGGGGGGGGGGGGGGGGGGGGGGGGGGGGGGGGGGGGGGGGGGGGUGGGGGGGGGGGGGGGGGGGGGGGGGGGGGGGGGGGGGGGGGGGGGGGGGGGGGGGGGGGGGGGGGGGGGGGGGGGGGGGGGGGGGGGGGGGGGGGGGGGGGGGGGGGGGGGGGGGGGGGGGGGGGGGGGGGGGGGGGGGGGGGGGGGGGGGGGGGGGGGGGGGGGGGGGGGGGGGGGGGGGGGGGGGGGGGGGGGGGGGGGGGGGGUGGGGGGGGGGGGGGGGGGGGGGGGGGGGGGGGGUGGGGGGGGGGGGGGGGGGGGGGGGGGGGGGGGGGGGGGGGGGGGGGGGGGGGGG